AAGGAGGCAAGAUGGGGACGCGUUUGGAGGUUUUACGUGUGUUUAAAAGCCUGCACAGAACCAGGACAGCUGUGUUUAAAGAUGAUCACAGAGCACUAACUGCUGCAAGAUUAAAGAUCAACGAGGAGUUCCGAAAAAACAAAAAUGAAACAGCAGAGGAUAAUAUUAAGAAGAUGAUCCAAAUGAGCACAAGUGUGGAAACUGUUCUGAGACAGUCUGUGUUGCAAGUGGAGCAUGUAGGCGAAAAUGAGCUCUUGCUUCGGCCCAGAGAGAGUCUCCUUCUAGAAAAUGUGCCCUACUGUGACCAGCCCAGGAAAAAGUCAUGACAGACCAUCUGAUUUCAUCAAAAAAAAGACUGUCAUCCAUUACCAUCCACCUGCAAUUAAAUGAUCUACCCAAAAACAACAUUUGAGUUGAUCUGGGCCUCCUGAACAAAGAUCACGGCUACAAGGGAAAUGCCUGUUUUUCAUUCACUGAAGAUCUCAUCUGUUGUGCUUUAUGAAAUCUGUGUUGUAAACUGGAUGCCAUAAUUUCAUGUACAGUGUCUCAUUAAAUGUAAUUUAAAUGUGUUUCCUAUAUUUGGAGGUUUUCUGCAAACUUUUUCAGUAACUUAUGAUUCAACUGAACUAAGAGGGAAAAUGUUGCUGUCAUUGUAUUCUGAUUAAAGAUGAAUGUUUCCAGAGUGGCCCAGGGUUAAUUUCUUGUUCAGACCACUUAACAUCGAGAAGAAGAAG